AAACACAAAACAAAACAAAACAAAAAACAGCGAGGAAAGCAAACAUAAGAGUAAAGCGCAGUUAAUGCGCUACUGUUCUUCGUUCCCUUAAAGAGGACACACCGGUAGACGAGGACACCUCAUCGCGGACUAGGGAGAGACUAAGGAUUGCACAGAGGUGUACGCCACCGCAUCGCAUAUUCCAGGGUAUGCGGGAUCUGAGCUGAAGAUGGAACUUCUGUGGAUUUUAUUGGCUUCUAUCCUCCAUCUAUACGUCGAAGGGCAAGGAGUUUAUGCUCCGGCUAGCGGUCAGAUAGUUCACUCGGGCCAGGCAUGUGUGGUGAAGGAUGACAACAUCAGCGAGCGAGUCUACACCAUUCGGGAGGGAGACAUGCUGAUGCUGCAGUGCUUGGUCAAGGGACAUCCCAGGCCACAGGUACGCUGGACAAAGACAGCGGGCAGCGCCUCAGACAAGUUCCAGGAGACGUCGAUCUUCAACGAGACUCUGCAGAUCCAAAACAUCCAGAGGAUACAGGGAGGCAGAUACUACUGUAAAGCCGAGAACAGGAUAGGGGUGCCUGCCAUCAAGUCCAUUCGAGUAGAUGUUCAGUAUCUAGACAUGCCAACCCUGACCGUUCACCAGACUAUCAGUGACGUGCGCGGCAGCUACUACCAGGAGAAGACCGUCUUCCUUCGCUGUACUGUGAACUCCAACCCGCCAGCUCGGUUCAUCUGGAAACGAGGCUCUGAGGUCAUCACACACAACCAAGACAAUGGCGUGGACAUUUACGAGCCUCUCUACACACAGGGUGAGACAAAAGUUUUGAAGUUGAAAAACUUGCGGCCACAGGACUUUGCCAACUACACAUGCCAGGUGUCUGUGCGAAACGUGUGCAGCAUCCCGGACAAGUCUAUCACUUUCCAGCUCACCAACGCCACCUCGCCUCCUGCUCUCAAGCUCUCGGUGGACGAGACUCUGGUUGUGAACCCCGGUGACAAUGUGACCAUGUCCUGCCUGGUGGCGGGUGGCAUUCCCACCCCUGAGAUCUCCUGGACGCACUACCCAGGGCCCAUACCCACCACCGCCAGAGUCCAGGGGGGCACAAUGAUCCUGCAGAAUGUCAAGGUCCAGGACUCGGGCUACUACAACUGCACCGCUGUCAACAAUGUGGGCAACCCAGCCAAGAAGACUGUGAAUCUCAUUGUGAGAGCCAUGAGCAACAUUACCUUCCAGAUUACGCCUGACCCCAACAAAGACAGCGAGACCAUCCAAAUGGAGCAGGAUGUUAAGUUGUCCUGCCAUGUGGAUGCACAGCCCCAGGACAAGGUCAACUACACCUGGUACAAGAACGGCCUCCCAGUGCGCCCCUCCAAGACCCUGGUAAUCCUUCGCAAUGACCCAGAACUGGACCCUGGCACCUGCAGCCUGGAGAUCUUCUACAUGAACUUCCGAGACCAGGCCACCUACAGCUGCGUGGCCUCAUUUACAGGAACCCCCAUUCCUGAGCUGAAGAUUGAGGUCAACCUCACACGGAAUACUGUGGUCCCUCCUGUGUUGACAGUACCCAAGGACCGCGCGACGGUCAUGGUGCGAGAGGGCUCGCGUGCGGAGCUGCAGUGCGAUGUUUCUGGGAAGCCCAGACCCCCUGUGCUGUGGUCUCGUGCCGACAAGGAGAUGCCCAUGCCCUCGGGGGACUGGCUGGUGGAGACUAGGGAUGGCAAGCUGCGAUUGGACAACGUGACGCGAGACAUGAGCGGCUCCUACCGCUGCCAGACUGCCAGGUUCAACGGCCUCAAUAUCAAACCCCGCCAGGCUCUGGUGCAACUCAGUGUGCAGUUCGCCCCCAUCGUGGACCCCCAGUCCCUGGAUGUGCGCACUCGGACAGGGGAGAGCGUGACUCUGAGGUGCACCAUGCUGAAAGCGAACCCUCAACGCAUCGCCUCAUCGACGUGGAGACUGAAUGGCCGCCUGAUCCGGUCCUCUCGCCCUGAGCUCCAGGACUACUCGGAGUGGCAGAUCGACAGCUUCAGCCAGCUGAGCAAUGGCACGUACGAGUGCAGCAUCUCCAACGACGUGGGCACCUCCAUAUGCAUCUUCUACGUGUCCGCCAAAGCGUACAACCCUGAGUUCUACUACGACACCCCAGCCCCGAUAAAGAAGGACAACCGAAACUACUCCUACACACUGCAGUGGACCCAGAGAGAGCCCGAAGCAGUGGACGUCGUAAUCGGUUACAAACUGGAGGUCAGACAGCUGAACUUCCAGAGCUACAUGUCGAAGCAGAUCCAGGUUGGGACCCCUCAGAAGGGGGUGCUUCUCCAGCACAUCCUCACUGACCUGAAGAUCCCGCUGAGCUAUGAGGUGCGGCUUACCCCCAUCACAAACUUCGGACCUGGGGACACCAGCAUGAGAAUCAUUGAGUACAGCGAGCCCUACAGCUACCCAGGACGAUCAGACCAGACGUGCGGCUUUGAGGUGGAGAAGAUCUGUGGCUUUACUCAAGACAAGAAGGAUGACUUUGACUGGAUGCGGCAGAAUGCCAAUACCCAGAAUCCCAAGCGCUCCCCCAACACGGGACCCACUAAAGACCGCAGUGGAACAAGGGAAGGGUACUACAUGUACAUUGAAGCCUCUCGGCCCCGGGUUCCAGGUGACAAAGCUCGCUUAGUCAGCCCAUUGUAUAAUGUGACGACCAAAGCAAAGGGCCCUUAUAGUACCCCCUUCUGCAUCUCCUUCUACUACCACAUGUAUGGCAAACAUAUUGGCUCCCUGAACGUGCUCUUAAGGGUGAAGAGUGUCGGGGCUCUCGACAUGCAGGUCUGGACUCUCUCUGGAAACCAGGGACCCGACUGGCAACAGGCCAACAUCACAAUCAACCCCCGUGGGCCAUUCCAGGUUGUAUUUGAGGGUGUUCGAGGUAGUGGCUACGAGGGGGACAUUGCAAUUGAUGACGUCUAUGUGGCGAGAGGCAAAUGCCCAAUGAACAGGGAAACAAUGUCUGAAGCGGUGUCCGUGAAGGGAUCCUCAGCAGCUCUCUCCCUGCCGAUCUACACUGUGCUGCUCGCGCUGUUCUUAACAGCCCUGUUCCACAGAUGAUGACGACUAAAGAUGACUACCUACCUACCUACCUGUCUGCCGGUGGAGUACUACUGCCCUGCCCCCCCCUUGCUCUUACUGUCUCUCUUAUCUAUGUCUGUCUCUACAUCUCUCUCAUCUUUCUCUCACUUUCUUUUACCCUUUUUCAACUAUCAACUCAUAAUAAUCAAUACCGAACCCAUCCUCUCCUUUAUUCCACAUCUUUUUUUUCUCAUCCUCACUUUUUUCAUACCCAAUCUCACUCUUUCAGCCUGCUUUUUCUCCCUCCUUUUUGUAUCUUCCUCUUUUGUCAGCCCAUCUUGUUUCUUGUUUCCCGUUACACCACUUUCUAUUCCUCGAUCACUCUUCGUUUUACCUUUUUUCCUCCAUUUGAAUGUUUUUAUCCUCGCCUUCUCUGUUCUUUUCUUCCUCCUUCCUCCCUUCCUCCCUCCCUCCCUCCCUCCCCAGGACACCAACGAAUUGAAAAAAAUCUACCAAAGACUUCAAGCAGUGUGAACCUGUAAAGGGGAGCUGCACUGAAAUCCGUUGAUUGUUAUACAAGGUGGUGGACUAGGACUGGGAAAUGAUUUAAAAAGCAAACAAAGCAAGGGACCCCCUUUGUGUUGCUAAAAUAAGAUCUUUCCUCUUAUUGCACUUCUGUUUGAGAAGGUGAAGGACUAAUCAAUGGAUUUUUUUUUUUUUAAAGAAUGGAAAACAAAAGAAGCACAAGUUUGUACUGAUUUUUCCCUUUUUUUUGUUUGUUGUUUGCCCUCUUGAGGAACUACUUACAUUUCUUCUUUGUUACGUCAAAAUAACUCUCUUUCUGUGUCUUAUUUUCUUAACGGGAUGGCAAGAUGGUGAGAACUGUUUGCUUGACUCCACUACUUAUCAAGUACUAGGCUGUACUAUCUUUGAAACUGCAGACUGCACCAGUGCUUUGCUCAUCCCCCUGUUUUUGGAGACUGCAGACUACGCCAGUGCUGUUCCCAUCUCCCUGUGUACGGAGACUGCAGACUGCACCAGUGCUGUGCUCAUCUCCCUGUGUACGGAGACUGCAGACUGCACCAGUGCUGUGCUCAUCUCCCUGUGUACGGAGACUGCAGACUGCACCAGUGCUGUGCCCAUCUCCCUGUGUACGGAGACUGCAGACUGCACCAGUGCUGUGCCCAUCUCCCUGUGUAUGGAGACUGCUCAUCGCUUACAUUCAUUUAUCCCAUGUACUCCAUUACAGCUGCAUGUACUUCAUUGUACUCAUAUAUUGUAUCCCAGCGCAAAAAGCCCAGUGCCCGGCAGGGGCAGUGACUGCUUUGCUCUGCGACUCACUUCUCCUCUCUAUAGCUGAAGCUGUGUCUGCACUAGUGCCCAGUGAUUAUAUCAAAAACAAAUUAAACACUAAGAAUGGUGAAUUACUGAAGGGCCCUUUAUACAGGAAUAUAUAGGGUUUUAAAUACAAUACAAUACAAUACAAUAGUGAUUUAUAAAGCACCUUCUCUAAAACACCUCAAAGUUCUGAACAUAUAAUAAACAAAAUCAAAUGCCUCAUCAAACAAAUAGGUUUUUAAUCUAGAUUUAAAAAAUGCCACUAAUGUGGAGUCCCUGAUAUGUUUCAGUAGAGAAUUCCAUAAAUGCAGAGCGCUGUGCCUGAAUGCCCUGCCUACUUCCAGCAGUUUUGAACUGAGCCUUUGGGAUGGUCAAUAACUCAGCAUUAGAAGAACUUAGAGAACGUGCUGUAAUGUAUUCAGACAACAUGUCUGAAAAGUACUGAAGAGCUAGUAUUACUGUCAACAGUGAAUUAACCAAAUUAGUGAAUUAUCGAGGGAGCACUGUACUAUAGUUUACAUAUCUGCUAAUGUGGUACCCUGGUGAAUGAAUAUGGUUGCACAGUUCUAAAAAAAAAAAAAAAAAAAAAAAAAAGGGGGACUACUCUCUAUCAACAGGGCUCGCACAUCAUUUAAGAUUGCUGAUCUUCAAGGCAACCCAAGUCCAGCAGUCUCUAUUUAAACAAAGCAGUCCCUCGAUUCCUAGCUCAAUGCACUCAGCUAAGGAACCAUCCCCACCCCAUCCCAUGUUAACUGCACACAGAGCACUGAAGCCCUUGGCAGUGUAAACACAGCUCAAGAGUCAAGAGCAGAGCAGUCACUCCUGAGGUGUGCGUGAUGUGAUAUAGAAAAUAGUGGACUAUAGUCUAUAUAUAUAUAUAUAUAUAUAUAUAUAUAUAUAUAGAUAUAUAUAUAU